UCUCUCUCUCUCUCUCCCCCCCCUCUCAAGGCUCACCUCUAUUUCUUCCUCAUCUUUCCGGGACCUCCGAGUCUCCCUGCUCCCCCCACCCACCCGGACCCGGCGCGGCGCUCUGCAGGCGGAGGAGACCAGGGGGAGACCGGCGGCGAGUCGCCUCUCGUUUGAUUCCUCCACGGGGUCCUGCCUGCCCUCGGUUCGGCGUUCUCGGACCUGCAUUCCCUCUCCGCGGAGAACUGGUUCCGACGCGUUCGCGAGGCCGAGGGGUUCUAAUCCGCUUCGGGUUCUUCGAUUCUGCUUAUCCCCUCGUCGGUUCCCGUUCAAUCACUCGGCGUGGUACUUGAUGAGGAGGCUGCUGUGAGGAAACAACUCCGCGACGCGAGAACAGCUGGUGAGACGAAGUGCCAAGAAAGCCAGAGACGACCAAAUGGCAACUGACUCCUCGGCUCUGCAAGCUUCAUCUGACUCGAUUGCGCAAAAGAUGGGGUUCUUCAGAGUCCCUGACCUUCUUAUCAAACUGAGCACCAGUUUGAGCGAAUUGGAUGUGGUCCGCAGUCCAACAUCGCCCCUAGACCUCAAGUUCUUCACAGGCCUUGGUAACAAAUCACCCAGAUCAUCUUCCCUUGAGGCCUGCCAGAACCAGAAGAUCUUGCUUGGUGACAGGGUUGGUCUUGGACUUGUGGAUUCCCUUGCUGAUGAGAAUCCCACCCCUCUGGGCGGUAGGAAGGUCCUUCUUGGAUCUGAGAUGAGGAUUACUGAUAAUCUAUCCCGCAAGAACAGCUCCACUGCUCCUGUUCAAGCUGGGGAGGUUGAACAGAAGGAUGAUAAUAUGUCUGAUGGACUCGAUGGUAGUAUCAUGUCCCUUGGUGACAUUGUCAAUUCAGAGGAUUACACCUGUGUUGUUUCCCGUGGCCCAAACCCUAAAACUACCCACAUUUUUGGAGAUCGUGUUUUUGAGCUUCAAGUUGAGCACCUGAUGCCUGGUGAAAGUAAGGAUGAGGAGAACACGUCUCCUCUUGUGAAAGAGGGUGCCAUGAGCUUCUGUAGUUUUUGCAGUGAGAAACUCAAAGAAGGGACAGAUAUCUACAUCUAUCAGGGUGACAAAGCCUUUUGCAGCGCAGAGUGCAGGGAGAAUUUCAUGGAAGAUGAGAUGGAAGAAGGUGAAUCCAUGAUAUAUAAUCCUGCACCUCCUAGCAGCUCACCUUUGGACAAUGGUCCUAUUUUCCAACUGAUCCGUUGAGUGAAAAUCAGCAACAACUUGAUAUGGUCGUAUCUGAAGUGCUGUCUGAGGUUAAUAAUUUGCAGCCAUGGAUGUGAUCAUGUUUGUGGAGUUGUUGCCUGGAGAUUUUGUUUGUGCGGCGCUGAUGACUUUACCUCACAUAUUGAUUUCUUUGUUUUGCGUACUUGGAUCCUCGAAUUUUUUGGAGGACUCCGAAGAAUGACUGUACCUCUGGUCAUAUUAUUAUUUUGAUCGGAGAUGGGCGUGUGUGCGCGUGUCUGAACUUCAGUUUGGUUGUUUGGACCUCAUUUUCAGUGGCUGUCGGAUGUUCGACGCUUCUGUUACUAUCAUGUAUCUGAACCUAUGUUUUCAGUAUGUAUUUUGGAAAGGAUAUGAUAAGCUAUAAUAUCAAUAAAUGUUCUGUU